AUGCCUAUCUAUGUGCGUCCACCGUCCCGGCCUCGCCUGGUCUCCACGUGCGACCUGCUACCCCAGCUUUGCCAAAGCGACCCUUCCAUCGCCGUGCUCUCUUUGCGCACUCCAGCGAAUCCUGGCCACUGCCGACCUCCGGCACAUGGAGAUGGCCGCGACAACCGCCUGCCGCACACUUCAAACCAUACUCUUCAGCCCUUCCAACACCAUCCUACCAACCUUGCGCAUCAGUUCACCAUCAAUAUCCGCCAAUCCGCCUCGUCGAGCAACAGCCACAAGGCUGCCGGCGAUAACAUGUCCAUGACGUCCCUCAUGCAGCCGGACUACCCUUCUAGAUUUGCUCCCUCGCCAGCACCAAUGUCGCAUCAACGGCCUUAA